AUGGCUAGAAAUGGAGUGAUUUCAAAGCCAAAUUGGACGUCUCUGAACACAGACUGGAUAAUCUUUAUCGAUGCGCCUUUCAAUAAAGAAGAACUAUCAAUGAGUUUCGCGUUUAUCUUAUAUUCGGUGGAUCAAGAGGAAUUCAUGCAUAUUGGAGAUGGUUCAGACAAGGAAACGACAACAACUUAUGCAGAAGCAAAGGCAAUGCUUAAAGCUACAUCUUGGUUGAAAAAUAACAUUUUAUCCAGCGUUUCUUUCGUCACGGAUUGGAAAAGUAUUGCUGAAUAUUUAAAUUUGUCGGGACUACGUAUAAAUCUGACGAAAAGUACAACAAUUAGUAUUGGAGAUACUACACAUGAUGAGUUUGUGGAAGAUGUUCUCGGUUGUACACUCGAAGAUUUUCCUUUCAAGUAUUUGGGGAUGCCAGCACGGGCUCAAUAUAGGUGCAAGAAGAUUUGGGACGUGGUAGUAGAGAGUGUGGAGAAAAGAUUAGAAGGAUGGGAAAGAAGGUAUCUCUCUUAUGGUGGUAUAUUGGUACUUAUUAAGAAUGUUUUAUGUGCACUUGCAGUCUACUUGAUGUAUGCCUUCACAAUUCCUCCUCCCGUAGCAAAGAAGAUUGAAAGAGAAAUGAGAACAUUGUUUUGGGGAACAAAAGAUGGUAGAAAUAGAACUGCACUGGUGGCAUGGCAUAAAGUAUGUCAUAGUAAACAAGAGGGAGGGUUGAGGAUAAAAGUUAUAUCAGUGAUGAAUGAUGCAUUACUGUGCAAGUGGCUAUGGAAAUUCUCAAAUGAACCGGAGGCACUGUGGAGAAGAUUUGUUGAGGAUAAGUAUGGGUGUGAUAAUAAUGGGUGGGAUGCUAAGCAAACUAAGCGACCAUAUGGCAUGGGGUUAUGGAGAGGAUUUGAAACAGAAUGGAUAAAUUCAGAUUGGGAAUAA